GCAGGCUGCAUUACCGGAAACAACCCCGUGUUUUCCGGUUCCUCACAGUGUGUGGUGAUCCUUCCGAGCCUCACCGUCUGUUGUCAUGAACCGAGCACCGGACAGACCUCCGCCGAGCCCCGGAGCCCCGCGGCCGGCUGCAUGCUUCCCCUCCCCGGCCUCCAGCUGGAGCGGAGCCCCGUACGGAGCACCUCCCCGCCCGCAAUACUCCCCCUUUUCUCCGGGAUACACUGACUCUCCGGGGUCUUACCGGGGAAACAGAGACUCUCCGGGGUCUUACCGGGGAAACAGAGACUCUCCGGGGUCUUACCGGGGAAACAGAGACUCUCCGGGGUCUUACCGGGGAAACAGAGACUCUCCGGGGUCUUACCGGGGGUUCGGGUCCCGGAGCAGAGGAGGCGGGUUCCGGCGGCCUCAGGGCUUCAGUCCCGCUCAAAACCACCAGGGAGACUCAGUGGAGAGGUACUUCAGCCCCUCCAUGCUGCAGGACCCCUGGGCCACUCUGCUCACAGACAGGAAACUACAGACAAACAACAACUGACAGCAACAACAUAAACAACAACAGACAACCACUGUUUCCUUAAAGUUUUUAAACAGCGAUAUCUGGGGUUUUAUUUUGAAAGAAACAGGAAGCGCUGGUCAGCUGGUGAUGUUUGAUGACGUGUUUCCAUAGCAACGCUCACACUUUAACCCCUGCUGUGAAUCCCCUCUAACAGUGUCAUCAGGGUUUAAUGAUGUCGUCAGUGUGAUGACAUCAUCAGUGUGAUGACAUCAUCAGUGUUAUGAUGUCAUCAGUGUGAUGUCAUCAGUGUUAUUGUUUGUUGGUUAUCAGAGGACUGUGAUUUUAUGUAUGAAAGAUGUUAUUUUCAUGAUGUAGAUUAAAAACUGUCAAUAAAGUUUGCACCACGUUUCCUUUAGUGGUUAAUAUCCUGAAA